AUGAAACGCCAAAAUAUUCGUACGCUAUCGCUAAUUGUUUGUACUUUAACUUAUUUAGUUAUUGGCGCUGCUGUUUUUGAUGCAUUGGAAUCUGAUAACGAAAUGCAACAGAGAGCAUUAGCAUCAAAAGUGAAGAGAAAUGUAAUCGAUAAGUAUAAUAUCAGCAAUGCUGAUUUUCGUGUAUUGGAAGCAAGUAUUAUCAGAUCAAUGCGUCAUCGUGCUGGUCAUCAAUGGAAAUUUAGCGGUGCAUUUUAUUUUGCUACCACUGUUAUCACCACAAUUGGCUAUGGUCACAGUACUCCGUCAACAAUUGGUGGUAAAACAUUUUGCAUGUUUUAUGCGCUUGCUGGCAUUCCUUUGGGACUUGUUAUGUUUCAAAGUAUCGGCGAAAGGAUCAAUACGUUUGCAGCAAUGCUUUUACGUAUAUGUAAACGUUUAGCCGGGAAACCGGCUAAGGUUACACAUUUGGAUUUGAUGCUCGUAGCUUCAGGUUGCGGUACAUUACUUAUUGCUUCAGGGGCUUAUGUCUUUCAAACUUAUGAAAAAUGGACAUAUUUUGAUAGUUUGUAUUAUUGUUUCAUUACUCUAACUACUAUCGGAUUUGGUGAUUAUGUGGCAUUGCAAAAUAAUAGCGCUUUACAACGUUCACCGGAAUAUGUAACAUUUGCUUUAAUUUUUAUUAUGUUCGGUUUAACAGUUAUCUCAGCGGCAAUGAAUUUAUUUGUGCUACGAUUUUUGACAAUGAAUACCGCGGAUGAAAAACGCGAUAAACAAGAAGCGCAACUUGCUGCUCGAGGACUUGUGCGUGUAACAAAACAUCUCGGCCAAAAAGCUUAUCAACGUAAACACUCCUCGUUUGUUAAGAAAUCACUUGGUAGAGAAAUUAGCAAAAGGAAGGAAAAACAAGAAAAAGAUAAGCUAAGAUCAGUUGAUUCUGAUGCUUCGAUAUGUUUAUGUUCAUGUUAUCAAUUGCCUUAUCAAGAAGCUGAUCUUCGACAAAGAUAUUCAGCACGUAAUAAUAAUUUGGAACAUUCCGAUAUUGAAUCAUCACAACUAUCAAUAACCACAUUUGAUCAACAAUCUCCCUGUGCAAGUAUCACCAGCCGACCGAUUUGA